UUUAUAGACAAAGAUCAAAUGAGUGUAAGAUAAGCAAUAGAAACAGUAGGCAUGAAAUUAAUAUGAAAAAUAGACUUAUACAUGCUUGAUGGACAAUAAAUUCACUUCAAGCAAAGAAGCGAUUAAUUUUUGUCAAGAAUUGUGUUCAAAACAAGGCUUCCAAAUCAAACAAAAACCACUACAAACAAAUCGAGUACACUAUUCUUGUCUCUAUCUACCAUGAACAGCAAGAAAAGGACUCUCUCUUGCUAGCUCAAACGGAACGCACUGAAUGGAUCUUUGUUCCCAAGAAAAUCCAAUCUCGUAUCGACCAACUGCUGGCGGAGAAUCCUGACCGCACCGACAUGCGAGACAUAAUUCAACUCGAAUUUCCAGACUAUAAAGAUGGAAAUUCAGUUCCAACCAAGAUCACGGAACGCGUGCAAAAGCUUAUUAUGGCAUCCACCCGUUUAUGCUCUGUUGUGGCUGCUAAUGAAGACUGGGCUUCGUGUGUAGAAAACGAUUUAAUCAAGAUGAUUGAAAGCUAUCGAAAGUGCUGCAAAUUACCUCCUCAUAUGCUGGACGGGUUGGUCGAUUUAGAACCACAAAAAGUGUAUUCAGAUAUUGAUCAAGCUCAUCAAAAAGCACAACAUCGGUCUUGUACAAAAAAAGAACAGCAAGAGGUCAAAACGGCACCCAAAAAACGCAAGAUGGCAGCAAUGACAACAGAUGGAUUAUCUGCUAUGAUUCCUAGCUGUACGAUGUAUGUACGGUCUCAGCCAUUAAGAUCUUUGUCUGAGCCUAGUUCACAGCCAAGCAGACGUACCUUCAAUGAUUUAAUCACAGCUGUUCCUCAACCAACAACAGCUCCAUUUGGUCAUGUGUUUAAUUUGGCUUCACCUAUUUCUCCAUCCUCGUCAUCGAUACAUCAACGUCUUGAGUUUGCUGGCUAUAGCAAGCAUGAAAGCAUGCUUCAGUCACCACCCAUACCUGACUCUAUGAUGGUCAAUAACCAUUAUUCUACUACAGCAAGAGCAUUUUCUGUACAAAACAAUGCUUAUUCUUAUCCCACGACAACAACAACAACAAAAAAAACAACAGCAACAGCAACAGCAACAGCAUCAACCACUACCACUGCUAUCAUGGCUUCAGCGACUGCUUCUGCAGCACAAGGAAACAAUAUGCAAUUCAAUUUUGAUACAACUUCUUAUUCUCAGCAACCUGUAGUCAUCCCCCCUAGACAGUCUCCCAAUAGCCACUAUAAUAAUAUGUAUUACCCUCAAACAAAUUUCCAACAACAACAGCGUAUGAUCAUGCAACAAGACUAUGAACAAAGACAGUUGUUAGAGAACAACAGCAAUGUUCAUUUACCUAUUAUUCGUAAUCACUUUUAUCAACCAUCUGCACAACAAGGCCAUUCAGCACAAAGUUGGUCCUAAUUUUCUCCUUAUUCUAUACAGAAAAACAAAAAAAAAAGAGAUAUAUGUAUAUGUAAUAUUUAAUAAAUAUUUUUUAUUAUAA